AGGAGGAGACGCUUCCUGAGCACAUCUCUGGGUUGUUUUUGCCUUAAACUUGUCCUGAUAUCUGACUCCAGCCUGUAUAGCUUUAGUGAUCUAGUGAGUGUGUGAAACACUGUACUGCUGUAUUUAAAAUUUAAAUUAAAAAAAAAAAAAAAAAAAAAAAGUAGUUCAGCUUUUUUAAUCAGCACUCCAGUUUAUCCUCAACUUGUCAGAGCGGCAGAGCGAGACGCGCAUCUUAAGUUUGGAGAGGAGAACGCGCGCAGAUGGCAGCCCUCAUCAGCGCGUACUCGUCGUGGCCAGAGUCCUUCGAGUGUCCUCCGGGAGACGGGGACGCGCCCGACGGACACGGCCCGCACAGGACCCCCGUGGACAAGGCGCCGGAGCCGCGCAUCAGGCGGCCCAUGAACGCGUUCAUGGUGUGGGCCAAAGAUGAGCGCAAACGGCUGGCGGUGCAAAACCCAGACCUGCACAAUGCCGAGCUCAGCAAAAUGUUGGGCAAAUCAUGGAAGGCCCUGACUCCCCCUGAUAAGAGGCCCUAUGUGGAGGAAGCAGAGAGGCUUCGGGUGCAGCACAUGCAGGACUACCCCAACUAUAAGUAUCGGCCUCGCCGGAAGAAACAGCUCAAACGCAUCUGCAAGCGAGUGGACCCCGGCUUCCUGCUGAGCGGGCUGGCCCCCGAUCAGAACGCCCUGCCCGACCAGCGAGUCCUCUGUCACCCCCUCGACAAAGACGAGGGCAGCCCUAAUGGUAUGCGAAGCGGCUUCUCUAGCCCCAGCCCUGUUUUGCCCAGCGUGAGGAGCUUCAGAGACCCAGCCGGUUCCAACAGCAGCUUUGACACCUACCCCUACGGUCUGCCCACCCCCCCUGAGAUGUCCCCCUUAGAUGCCAUGGACCACGAGCAUGUACCCCCCUCUUAUUAUUCAACAUCUGGUAGCUCUUCCUGCUCUUCCUCCUGCCCAGAUGAGCACCACCAGCAUCAGACGCACAUGAGCAGCCCUCCUCCGUACCACACCGACUACACUCAGACCCAAAUCCAUUGUGGGGUCACACAUAUGGGUCACAUCUCUCACAUGUCCCAAACUGGUGGUGGACUGAUCCCUGGCCCUCCGCUGUCUUACUACAGUACCUCAUCUUUCCCCCAGAUCCACCACAGGCUCCAUCAGGGCCACCUGGGUCAGCUGUCCCCCCCACCAGAGACACAGGGUCACCUGGAGACUCUAGACCAGCUGAGCCAGGCAGAGCUUCUGUGUGAGGUGGACCGCAAUGAGUUUGACCAGUAUCUGAACUCCAAUGGGACCGGGUUUCAUCCCGAGCAGGGCGGCAGCAUGACUGUUACAGGACACAUCCAGGUUGCCUCCGCGGCUCCUGCCUCUGCAUGUCCCAGUAGCACCACAGAAACCAGCCUCAUUUCGGUGCUCGCGGACGCGACGGCGGCCUACUACAACAACUACGGCAUCUCAUAAACUCAGUUACAGCACCCAUUACACUUGUGGCUGAUCAGAGACACUACAGGGUUUACAAUGGGUGAAGACAUUGGGAUGAUGUUGCACCUAGGUGCCAGUAAGGGAAAAAAUGUCUGUGCUUUCGUCUGUAAAUUCAAAAUCCCAUAUUAGCAUAUACGAGCAAAAUCAUCCGACCAUGAUUUUAACCUGAACUGAUUACUGAGCAAAAUGAUUGUCUGGAGCCGAGGAAACAAAGAACAAUAUGAAGAAAAAAGGGAGAUGGACACCUCAGGGAUGCAGACACAAAAUACUAUAGUAUGCCACCUCCAGUUGUCGUGAAAUUUCUAAACCAGAAGAACAAUUGUAAAGACUUGUUGUCCACUUGUAAAUGUCACCAGUUACUGUUGCCACUGCGGCAUGUACAGAUGCUCUUUAGAAGCUAAUUUAAGUCCUUCGAUGUUUCGCAUAAACGCUAACUGUAAUGUUAUUAUUGACGCUUUCCAUUCGAAUGUUUGUACUAUGUGUUCUCUCUCUCUCUCAUUAGUUUGGGAGUCUUACCUCAGUAGUUGUAAUUGAAUGAGGUCUUAGUUGGACAUUUCUUAUGCAAUUUAACAAAAACGUGUGUAAUGAAGAAAAAAGGCGUUUAUACUUCUUCUCAAGUACUUAAUAAUAUAUAAUCAUAACCUCUACCAUGAAAAAUAAUAAUGGUAACUAUAACUGUAUGCUGAUUUAAGUUUGUG